UUCACGCGGAUGGCGGAAGUGCAGGAAACAGCAAACCGAGCAGCAUUUUCACAACAACCGUUAUCGACGCAGAGAGAAAGGCUGCAGACACGUCCACGACCCGUUCAUCUGCUUUUGUUGUCGGAGAGUCCGGAGGCCGGUAGACAUGACUCUGAACCAGAACCACUCGGAGUCCGGCGGAGUCAUCAUCAACAACAGUGAAAGUGUGUUGAUGAACUAUGAUAACGUGGAGCUGGUCUUCUGUGAUGCUGACAGUCUGCCUGAAGCCUUCAGAAAGAGCAAGAAGGGCAGCGUCUACCUAACUCCAUACAGGGUGAUCUUUGUGGCUAAAGGGCGGGACGCACUGCAGUCCUUCAUGAUGCCCUUCUACCUAAUAAAGGGCUGUGAGAUCAAGCAACCUGUAUUGGGAGCCAAUUACAUCAAGGGUUCUGUCACCUCAGAGCCUGGAGGCGGCUGGGAGGGCAGUGCUAUGUUCAAGCUCAGCUUUGCUGCUGGAGGAGCUAUAGAGUUUGGCCAGUACAUGCUGCAGGUCGCAGCUCAGGCGUCAAGAGGUCAGCCAGUGACUUCUGGGUUUGGUGGAUGCCCGUACAUGGCCAACGGGGCUUAUGCUUACCCUCCUCCCCCUGCUAACGGGAUGUACCCUGCUGGACCUCCACCCGGCUACUCCUACCCCAACCCUCCUCCACCAGGUGGAUUCUUCACCAACCCUCCAGCGUUUGAUGCAUCUGCAGCCUACAUACCUCCGCCUCCUUAUUCUGCUCAUCUAGGCCAGCAGCCCCCACAUGACCCUGACCUCCCCUCUUCAGCAGCAGCGGAGGCCAAAGCAGCAGAGGCAGCAGCGAGCGCCAGCUGUGCCACACUGCCUCCUACACAUGUGUACCUGCCACAGGACAAGCCUCCUCCUUACUCCCCUCCAGAAGACAAGAAGAACCAGUAGACCUGCUUGAUCUCCCCCUCACUGCUCUCUGUCUCUUGUUAUCUCUAACCUACUGGAUCACCUUGUUUUUCAUUCCAUUAACCGGACAUCAGGAAGGCCAAAGUUCUCCUUUAAACAUGGAUCCCUCUUUCUCAUCUUCCUAGUCCCCCUCCAACUCAUUCCAUUGCUUUCCCACCUCAGCCUAUACCUUUUUACAUUCUUUUUAAUUAUUCCUAUAUUUUAAUGGGUUUCAUUCACCUCAGAAGCACCUUUUAGUAAAAGGAAAUUAUAAGCAACCUUUGAGGGGAAACAAGAAGAUUGUUCAAGCCAAAGUUGUUUUGAUUUAGAGACUUUUUUUCAGUGUGUGACAAAAACGUUGUAACCUGACCAGCUAUUUUAGCAUUCAAUUGCCUUGCAGGUGUCCCGAGAAUCAUACCGCCACCCUAAACUUCAGACUCAGCUGAGUUGUGACACUGACUUAUAAUUUUUUCUAUGACUGUCUAUUAAACUAGAAUGAAUCUAUUGAUGACAAUUACUUUGCUAGUCUAUUCAGAGGCAAGCUGAAUGCAGUGUUUUAUUUUUCUAUUAUUUGUGUGUACAGGCUUUUAAUAUGUAGACUUUUAAAAAUGAGAUAUUUUCUCAAGAACACUAACCUAGAGAAAACUUAACUUUUGUAAAGGGAGCGGUUUGCAGUGUGGUCUGGUAUGCUUUGACAUGUUGAGUGGACGAGAGGACCACAAAGAUUAGAGCAGCGUCCAGCCCCCGCAGUGGAUCCCUGAUCCUGGAUUAGAGCAGAGAGUGAGGGCGACCGGGGCCUGUAGGGACGCUCUGCCACAAGGGAUUAUCUUUUACAAUGUCCAAGAGCAGAGCAGAGCAGAGCAGAGCAGUCACCCAACGAUGUCACUUCCUGUUUUGUCAUGCCUCCGAACAUUCGAGAAAACAAAUGGUCAGACUCACCGCCAGCCUGCUUCACCUCUCAUUCUACUUGUGUACAUUUUAAACAUUGUAGAAACAAACCAGACCAUUAGAUUAUUUUAUCACCGUUUCUACUUUCUGUGGUCUUGAUCUUGACUCCCCAGUUUUAGGUCGGUCUUCAAAUCUGAUCUGAGCACCUCAGUAUCUGAGCCUCUACUCUUCCUUCCUCCGUAGUCACUUAUCUAUAUACUGUAUCUGUGGCACAUCUGUGGCUGAUUCUUUGCACUCUCAGAAUGCUAUGCAUCGGGCUCCUGUUCGCUCUGUCAUGGCUGUGUGUAUUAUAAUAAUAAUAAUAAUAAUAAUAAUAAUGAUAAUAAAGCUCUGUAUUUAUUUCAAACUAAUUUAUUGAAUAAUUCAUGUAAAAUGGCUCAAGUAAGAAAAACAAAGCAUGAUCUCAACUAAUGCCUGUAUGCAUUGGAUUGGAUUUUAUUAAACGGAUCUUGAUUCAUGUGAAACACAACUGUCGUUUCCUUUAUUUCUACACUAAGCAUUGCUAAAUCACAAAUUGAUGGGUAUUCUACUUAAAACACAGUAUAGUGCAUGAGAUUUCUUAACAUAAACACAUUCCAGAGUUUGCACAAGGGGUUCUGUUUAAUGUCAUUAGGCUGAAACAGCGCUGGAAAUGUGCUUUUCCCUUCUUAAGAGUCAGCGUUCCUCGACUGCCGUCUCGGACAACUUGUGCAAAUCCACCGCAGCUUCCCAAAGACUGACGCAUGAUGUCCUGAGCAUCUAGUGCCUCAAGGUCACAGCUAUUCACUCUCAAGUGCUCAUGAUUAAAAAAAAAAGAAAAAGGCCAAAAGCCCAUUAAAAACAUCAUUACAGUACAGCAGAUUCCAACACACCACUGUCGGCAUCAAAGGUUCAAAACUGUACAGGCAGGGUGAAUUGUCUGUGCAUUCAUGCUAAAAUCCCAAGAUGAGAACAAUAAGAGAGUUAUUCCUCUUUCAGUAUUAUAAUCUCAGUAGUAAUGUACAGGACAGUGUCCAAUAAAAUGAAUUAUAUUCACUAGACCCUGCAGUGGCUUAUAAGCCCGUACGCACCACAUUAUGAACCGGCUCACGUCCUUCUGUGGAUUGAAUUCUGCCCAGAAACCCAAAAAGUUGUGGGAGGGAAAAAAGGUUGUAAAAGGUUUGUGCACACAUGAGGUUUUUUUUUCACUUGAAGGCCAGUAUUCAAUCAUAACAUUUUCAAAAUUCAAGUAUAACCAGAAUUUCCAGACAGCAAGGGCGAUUCAUUUAGUUAUGCUUUAGCAACUCCUCAACAAAUGGCUUCUAACAGCAAUGCAAAAAGGUCUCUGGCUUUCUUAUACGGCUAUGACUUCUCAUGUGUGUGCAGAUACUGUGUACCUGUGUAGCCCAGACAGGGUUUUCUCUAUUUCCAUCCCAACAUUAGAAGAGCAGACAAAAAAAACCAAAAACAGCAGUGAGUCAUUUAGAGGCUCUUUUACCAGGAGAAUAUACCGUAUUCUCUUUCUGGCUGAGAUAAGAUUGAUUAAACCUACAGCAAUCAGACUUUAGCUGAUCUUAGCUUAAAUACUGGAAACAGUUGGCUUUGCUCUGUCCAAAUGGGUAACAAAAGUCACCAACCAGCACCUCUAAAGCUCACUGCCUUUAAUCCAUGGAAAAAAAGUGUAAAAAAUAUAGGUUGUAGUUUUAUGGAAGGUUAUGGAUUAUUUACUCUACUUCCUGUAGUCUCCACUGGUUGCCAGGUAACACGUUAAUUAUUGAGCUUUAGAGGUGCUGGUAUGCAGAAGUCAUUACCUUUGAGCAGAGCCAGCCUAGUUGUUACCAGCCCUUAUGCUAAGCUAGGCUAAGCGUCCACUGGCUGAUGCUUCUUAUCCACCUGGCAUUGAUCCUCUCAUUUAAUUCUCAGCAAGAAAGAGAGUUAUAUAAUGAGUUAUAUGCCUGCAAGACCAAACCUCAUACUAAAUGUGUACUGCCUUGUAGUGCAACAAGUAAACUCAACUUUGUGAAGUGAAAGUACAAUAGUCUGACACACUGAGUUGAGGAGAUUGGGCUUUUCCUUGCUGAAAGCAGACAUCUAUCUAAAAUCAAGGGAUAUUCCAUUUAUACUUUGAAAAAAUAAAGUAUUGCCGUCCUUAAGAUAGCCCUCUAAGGCUCUUUAGGAACAGCAUUCGAGACCAGUU